AUGGAUCCUCCGCAAUAUAGAGCAGUGUCGCCGUCUUCUCCUCCUCCUCCUCAAAGCAGCCGUUGUUUCCCAAUCCUGGUCGUGCUUGUCUUCAUUUUCAUGAUUAUCGCUUUCCUGGCAAUGGCUCUGGCAUGUUGCAACCCUGAGAACACUUUAUCCAUUUUGCAUCAAGUCCCUGAAGGUCAUGUUGGUGUGUAUUGGAAGGGUGGGGCCCUUCUUAAAAAUAUAGCCGAGCCAGGUUUCCAUUUGAAGAUGCCUUUGAUAACUCAGUAUGAGCCUGUUCUAGUUACUCUUCAAACCGAUCAGGUGAGGGAUAUUCCAUGUGGCACAAAAGGGGGCGUAAUGAUCAACUUUGAAAAGAUAGAGGUUGUCAAUAGGCUUCGAAAAGAAUACGUGUUUGAGACACUGCUCAACUAUGGAGUACAUUAUGACAACACAUGGAUAUACGAUAAGAUUCAUCACGAGAUCAAUCAAUUUUGCAGCUCACAUACUCUUCAACAAGUGUACAUUGAUGUCUUUGAUCAGAUCGAUGAAAAGAUGAAAGACGCACUCCAAGGUGAUUGCACAAAGUAUGCACCUGGGAUUGAAAUUCUUAGUGUUAGGGUUACAAAGCCAACCAUACCCGAGAGCAUCAGAAGAAAUUAUGAACAAAUGGAAGAAGAACGCACCAAGGUCUUAAUAUCAAUGGAGAGACAAAAGGUAGCUGAGAUAGAAUCAGAAACCCAGAAAAUAAUGGCUAUUAAUGAAGCUGAGAAAGAUGCUACUGUUAGCAAGAUCCUAAUGGAACACAAGUUACUGGAGAAGGAGAAUUCCGUGAAAUUGCAGGAAAUCGAGAACCAGAUGUUCAUUGCUCGUGAAAAAAGUCGAGCAGACGCUGAUUUUUAUAGUGCGAUGAAAGAAGCUGAAGCAAACAAAUCGAAGCUGAGUCGUGAAUUUCUUCAUCUCAAGUUUACGGAGGCCAUUGCUAAUAACACCAAGAUUUUCUUUGGUGAUAAGGUAGCUAAUAUGGUUGUGGAUCAAAGACUAAUGCUGGGUAACUUACUUGAGAAUAUGUCGCAACAGGUGCAUAGUGAAAGAUGCAAAUGA